GGGAUGGAGGAGGAGGGCGGCUACGUGCCCAGUGACCUGACCCCGGAGGAGUGCCAGGAGCUGGAGAACAUCCGCCGCCGCAAGCAGGAGCUGCUGGCUGACAUACAGCGGCUGAAAGAUGAGAUAGCAGAAGUGACGAAUGAGAUCGAGAACCUGGGGUCCACGGAGGAGAGGAAAAACAUGCAGAGGAACAAGCAGGUGGCUAUGGGCAGGAAGAAGUUCAACAUGGAUCCCAAGAAGGGCAUUCAGUUCCUGAUCGAAAACGACCUGCUGAAGAACACGUGCGAGGAUAUCGCUCAGUUCCUUUACAAGGGAGAGGGCCUCAACAAGACAGCCAUCGGUGACUACCUGGGCGAGAGGGACGAGUUCAACAUCCAAGUCCUGCAUGCCUUCGUGGAGCUGCACGAGUUCACUGACCUCAACCUCGUGCAGGCCCUGCGGCAGUUCCUGUGGAGCUUCCGGCUGCCCGGGGAAGCGCAGAAGAUCGACCGGAUGAUGGAGGCCUUCGCCCAGCGGUACUGCCAGUGCAACCCCGGCGUCUUCCAGUCCACAGACACUUGCUACGUGCUCUCCUUCGCUAUCAUCAUGCUGAACACCAGCCUGCACAACCCCAACGUCAAGGACAAACCCACGGCAGAGCGCUUCAUCGCCAUGAACCGUGGCAUCAACGAUGGGGACCUACCCGAGGAGCUGCUCCGGAAUCUCUAUGAAAGCAUCAAGAACGAACCCUUCAAAAUCCCUGAGGACGACGGCAAUGACCUCACCCACACUUUCUUCAACCCUGACCGGGAGGGCUGGCUUCUGAAGCUAGGAGGCAGGGUGAAGACGUGGAAGCGACGCUGGUUCAUCCUGACUGACAACUGCCUUUACUACUUCGAGUACACAACGGAUAAAGAGCCCCGUGGCAUCAUCCCCCUGGAGAACCUGAGCAUCCGCGAGGUGGAGGACUCGAAGAAGCCCAACUGCUUCGAGCUCUACAUCCCCGACAACAAGGACCAGGUGAUCAAGGCCUGCAAGACAGAGGCAGAUGGGCGGGUGGUGGAGGGGAACCACACAGUGUACCGCAUCUCCGCUCCCACGCCCGAGGAGAAGGAGGAGUGGAUCAAGUGCAUCAAGGCAGCGAUCAGCCGGGACCCUUUCUACGAGAUGCUGGCCGCCAGGAAGAAGAAGGUCUCCUCCACCAAGAGACACUAGCAGCCUCCGCGGGCCCUGCGAGGCCGGCAUGCCCCCAGCAGCCCGAGCGUCUCCCCUCCCCGGAGGGCUGCGGGGCUGGCCCUCGGGGCCCGGGGCCCAGGACCCAGCUUCAGCUUUGCAGUUUCUUUACCGUGGGGGGAGAGAAGGGGGCACAGGCAUCUCAGUGGCUCUGGUCCCCCCAUCACUGCCUCAUCUCCAGGACAGCAUCUUCACGGGCUGGAGCUGGGACACCGACACCCCCGCAUGCAGGGAGCCCCGUCCUGCCCCGGGCUCGGCUGCAGGAUGGGGAUGCGUGUACUGUCCUCCCCUCCCGCCUCGGCUUGCUGGGGCACCACGGGCGCCCUCCCUGCUCCUGAUCCCCCCAGCAAGCGUGCAGCUGCAUGUGCCGCUGGGUGUUCCCCCCCCCCCAGCACCCAUGUCCUGAAGCACUUGGGGUGUCCUGUCGGGAAGGUGAAUGGCUGGCGCGGUUAGCAGCUGGUGGUUUUGGGGUGCUGCAGGUGCCGACGUGAAGGGCAGCAGCCCCAGGGCGGCUGGGGGGGCCCCACGGA